GCAAAAGGGCUUUCUCUUGUUUCUCAUCUGGUUGGCUACUUAGAUUUCUAGCCAUCUAGUUUGGCCUUCAUCAUCAUCAUCAAUACCCUUGUGAUGGCUUCAUCUAACAGACACUGGCCUAGCAUGUUCAAGUCCAAGCCCUGCAAUACUACUCAUCACCAAUGGCAGCAUGACAUGAACCCACCUCUCUUAUCAAACGGUUGCCAGAGAAACCCCUACCCAUCAGUUUCUAGCUGUGAUGAACGGAGCCCAGAGCCGAAACCACGAUGGAAUCCUAAACCGGAGCAGAUACGGAUUCUGGAAAGGAUAUUCAAUUCGGGAGUGGUGAACCCACCGAGGGAUGAGAUUAAGAAGAUAAGAUCUCAACUCCAAGAGUAUGGCCAAGUAGGCGAUACCAACGUCUUCUACUGGUUCCAGAACCGGAAAUCGAGAAGCAAACACAAGCAGCGCCACCUUCAGACCGUUAAGACACCGGCUCAAUCCGGUCCAACCACCCCUGGUUUGCCAUUGGUUCAGACCAUCGCUGCACCCUCAUCUUCCUCGUCCUCGUCAUCUGAGAAAUCUCCUCCACGAAAGACCAACCAGAAGAUGGCCAUAGGAGGUGGUGGUGGUGGUGGACCCAAUCCCAUUGUGCUCGACGCAUCCAAUUCUGAACCAUUUUUCUUUCCGGUCCAACCGUCUUCAUUCACUCAUGGUCAUGGGUUCUGCUUUUCCGACAUAUCCAACCUGGUUCAAUUUCAAGAUCAAGCGGUCGGGCCUUCUUCGUCCGGCCUCCUACUGAGUGAACUGAUAAACCAAGGUGGUCCAAAGAAGGAUGAACAAGCGAAGAUGAAGUUGGACCAGCAACUCAGCUAUGCUUCAGCCACUACUGCUCCAACCACAAAUACUGUCACUUCCAUCACUCCUAUUACCACUGGUUCGACCGCUCUCAAUCAAAUUCAUGGAGGUACGAUUUCAGGUAGUGGAAUGGGGCCGGCGGCGAAAUCGACGGUGUUCAUAGAUGACGUGGCGUUCGAGGUGACCGGUGGUCCGGUUAACGUAAGAGAAACGUUUGGGGAUGAUGCAGUUCUCAUCCACUCUUCUGGUCGACCCGUCCUCACCAACGAGUGGGGCGUAACCCUGCAAUCCCUGCAACACGGCGCAUUCUAUUAUCUUGUUUGAGAGAAUGGGUGAUGCUGAUCGAGGGG